AUGGAGACGUUCAAUGCGAAUGCUUACACGCCGCUGGAGACGACCGAGAUAUGCUCUCGUGUCGGCACCAAAAAGGCCAACAUGCGUGUCGACAAGAUCUUCUUCAGUGCCGUCAUCGCAGGCUGCUACCUCGCAUUUUCGUCUUCGGUGUGCCUGGUCAUCAACACAUCUCCGUGGUACCAAGAGAACGCGCCUGGUCUAAUUCGCAUGAUUGCUGCGAUAGUCUUUCCCCUGUCACUCGUAAUGAUUGUUCUGACAGGGACGGAUCUCUGCACUGGUAGCUUUAUGUAUACGACCCUUGCUGCACUCCACCGUCGAAUCAGUGUUUGGAAAAUGCUCAUGCACUGGGCUUUAACCUUCUUCGGCAACUUAGCCGGCUCGCUCUUCAUUGUCGGCGUCAUCAUCGGCUAUGGGGGCGUCCUCGACGACAAGCUGUACCGCGACGAAGCCAUCAAAUUUGCCGACAAAAAGGCAUACACACCGAUGUGGCAUCAAAUUUUUCUUCGAGCGAUUGGCGCAAACUGGCUUGUCUGCGUUGCCUGCUGGCUGGCAUUCCAGGCGCGCGAUGUUGCCGGCAAAAUUGCUGGCAUCUGGUGGCCAGUCUUUGCCUUUGUGGCGCUUGGCCUCGAUCACGUUGUCGCCAACAUGUUCUUUAUCCCCAUGGCGAUAUUUCUCGGAAGCGCACAUAUUAGUGUCGGCUAUUACAUCUGGAAGUCCAUGAUUCCAGCUCUGCUCGGCAACAUUGUGGGUGGUGGCCUCUGCGUCGCUACCGUUCACUGGUACUUGGAUCUCACAGGAAUCCCCGAGCCGGUUCGCAUCGAUGGCAAACUUUACAAAGAAGACGAAAAGGCUGUGCAUAGCGAAAGCAGCAGCGUAUAG